UGCACGAAAUGGAGCGUCCUGGCUCUAAAUCAUGAUGCACGUUAUGAGCAUCGAGCCCCCUGUGAAAAGUUGGUGGCAUUUGAAUCCACUAAUAGCGACAGGAGGUUUCUAGGCUGUGCAAAAAAGGGCGGCGAUCCACGAGGCUCAUGGGUGAUCACGUCGACCUAGGGCAACCCAUAGCCGCUGCACGCCCUGACAGGUCCUACCCGAGCAUGUGGGGUUUCGGGUUUUGAAAAGCGCUCGCCGAAUUGCUUGCGUACCGCGCUUCCGGCCGGGUCUUCUUUAAAGUGAGCUGCGGUGCAUCUCAAAGUAAAUUUUUUCGUACAUGUAUCUUUCACCUGGAAACCACGCCAGCUGGUUAGCCGUUAAUUAAGAUGGAGCUACAAUUAAUUGGCAACGUUCUUUUUUCCGGGGAGCCAAUGGUUUAACAACACAACGACAAGUACAAGCCAGCUGGUUAACCGUUAAACAAGUACAUCAACUGAAUCAAAUCAUCCAUUUCCAAGCUAGGCGAUCGACAGAGCCACCACCUCAUAUUUUACUCCUAAUAAUACACCAUUUGCUGCUCUGACUUCCCAUAGAGGAUAGGAUAGCUCCAAGACAUAACAAUUAUUACAUUACAAAAAUAGCAUCAAGAAGUUGACCCCCAUCAUUUGUCCCAAGAAAUGGCAGCAGAUGAGGCUGAAUCUGUGCGUAUAUAACUAGGGGACUAAUCGAGCCAGAUGUCAAGCUAAGGUAGUACGUAGUAGCUAGGACUAGGAGAGAUGGAAAGGGAGAAGAUGGAGAGGGGCAAGUCUGAGCUGAGGAUGGCUAUCGAGGACCUCUCCUUGCCCAGCUCAGGAGAUGGUGAAGAUCAGGAGCAGCAGGGAAAAAUUAGGAGGUCAUCCACCAUGGUUCUCCUCUGUGUCUCCAACCAGCUUCUACGUGUCCUUGAUGCGAUUGGGCCAACGCUUCUAGUCCUCAGGCAAGACAUUCAGCAAAAUGUUCAGAGAUUACAGGAUCUCCAUGCAAGAGACACCUCGAAAUACGCGGGCUUGAUGGAGAUCGUGAUGGAAGAAAUGGAGGAAGGGACCUCAAAGAAGACCAACAGUUGUACAAGGGCAAUUAUCUGGCUGGCUAGGUCGGUGAAUUUCUCGAUAUGUUUGCUGGAGAGAUUAGUGAAGAACCCAGAGUCAAGCCUGCAAGAGAUGGUGGAAGAAGCAUACGAGAGCACCCUGAAGCCAUUCCAUGGAUGGAUCUCAUCAGCUGCUUACAGGGUAGCAUUGCGACUCAUUCCAGAGAGAGACAUCUUCAUUGAGUUGCUGAUGGGGAACUGCCAGGAUACCGGGGAUUUUGGGGAAGAUGUCAUGAUCUUGGUCUCCAUUGUACAGCCUCUGCUAGAGGAGAUCAAUGUCAUCUACAGAUGUCUGCGUUGUAUUUGUUGUUGUACCUGUAGUUUAAUAGCCGGUUGGAUGUAUCGUGUCAGAGGACUUAAAAUAACUGAAGCACAAUGCAUCUCUUGCUUUUCCUUUGGACGUUGAUAACUGCCACAUGUGUGUCAGGAAAGAAGACGCACCACACGUCUUUAAUGUAAAUAGAUUGCCAUGUCAUCGCAUGCAUGCAUGCGAGAAUCUUUUCGGAUUUUCAGUUUUUAA